AGCGCUAUCUGACGCUGUCCUUCUUCCUCACACACUCUCCUCUCGGAAUCUUCUCAGUUUUUCGCUCCACACAAAACAUGCAGGGAGGAGAGGAGGAGGAGAAAAGAAGAAACGCGUCGGAGGCGACAAGAGGGAGAGGAAGCAGAGAAAGUUGGUAGAGGAGCGAGAGGGCAAGAGGAGAGGAGAGGGGUCGACCAGAUGGGAGGAAGGAAGGAAGGAAAGGAUCUCUCUGCGGGCUCAAGUGCGCGAUUAAAGGAUUCUACAUAAAUAAAUAAUAUAUGAAUCAAAGCCCAUAAUAAAAAAAAGAGCAGUAGGCGCGCCUCCGCGUUGCGUGGACGCGGACAAGACAGCGGCAGUGCGCGCUGAAAACAGUCAAAUCCUGUCUUUCUCUGUUUGGAUUUUACUCCUCAUGUUCUUCAAAUUCUCGGCGAGGUUCACUAACUUCUGAGGUCAGUGUCUGAAAAACUUUCCCUCCCCUCGUCCUUUCAAGUCACUGUCUCCCCGGAAAAGAAAGCCCAGCUCCGGCGUGGAAGUGAAGGAAGGAAGAGCGGGUUUUUUUUUUGUUCCUUCCGAGGAGACCAGCUCGCCGUAGCCGGGGUUUAGGCGUUGGCACCCGGGCAGGGAGUCCCUCGCCAUGGCCGGGGCCAAGCCGGGAGUCCACGCGCUGCAGCUCAAACCCGUGUCCGUCCACGAAGCGCUGAAGAAGGGGGGCAAAUUCAUCAAAUGGGACGAGGAGCCCAACAGCGGGCCCCCCACCCUGGUAACCCUGAAAGUUGACCCAGAUGGAUUCUUUCUCUACUGGACUGGAGGAUCCAACCUGGAGGUGGAGAUUCUGGACAUCAACACUAUCAGGGACACCAGAACCGGAAAAUACGCCAAACUACCAAAGGACCCGAAGCUGCGGGACGUGCUGGGCUUCGGUAAGGGUGAUAACGCCGAAGGGAAACUGGUAACCGUCGUCUAUGGCCACGACCUGGUCAACAUCUCCUACCUUAACUUCCAGGCUAUGCAGGAAGAUACAGCCAAGAUUUGGACAGAUGAGCUGUUCACUUUGGCUACAAACAUACUUUCCCAGAAUGCAUCGCGGCACACCUUCCUCAACAAAGCGUACACUAAGUUAAAGCUGCAGGUGAAUCAGGAUGGGAAGAUUCCUGUAAAGAAUAUUCUCAAGAUGUUUUCAGAUAAAAAGAGAGUGGAGACGGCUCUGGAGCAGUGUGGCCUCGUCAAUAACAGGGCAGAGGGGAUCAAGCCAGAUGAUUUCACGUGGGAGGCCUUCCAGAAGUUUCUCGACAGCCUCUGUCUCCGGCCUGAGAUACAAAGCAUCUUUGAGGAAAGUGGCUCCAAGAGGAAGCCAUUCAUCUCUUUGGACCAGUUGAUGGAUUUCAUUAACCGCAGGCAGCGAGACUCCAGACUGAACGAGGUGCUGUACCCCCCGCUGAAAAGAGAGCAGGUCCGACAGAUCAUGGAGAAAUAUGAGACCAACGCCAGCCAGCUGGAGAGAGACCAGAUCAGUUUGCAGGCGUUCAGUCGGUAUCUGGGAGGAGAGGAAAACAGCAUCGUACCUUCAGAGAGGCUGGAUAUCAUCGACGAUAUGAACCAACCGCUGUCUCACUACUUUAUCAACUCCUCGCACAACACAUACCUCACAGUGGGUCAGCUAACCGGUCUGUCGUCAGUGGAGAUGUACAGGCAGGUGCUGCUGACCGGCUGCCGCUGUAUAGAGCUGGACUGCUGGAAGGGCCGGCCGCAAGAUGAGGAGCCCUACAUUACCCACGGGUUCACCAUGACCACUGAGAUCCCCUUUAAGGAGGUGAUUGAGGCAAUAGCAGAGAGUGCUUUCAAGACCUCCCCAUACCCCCUCAUCCUGUCCUUUGAAAACCACGUUGAUUCGGCCAAGCAGCAGGCCAAAAUGGCAGAGUACUGCAGGACCAUCUUUGGAGACGCCCUGCUCAUUGAGCCACUGGAGAAAUAUCCGCUGGUCCCCGGUCAGAUCCUCCCCUCACCGCAGGAGUUGAUGGGGAAGAUUCUUAUCAAAAACAAGAAGAAGCACCACCACCACCGACCCUCGAGUAGUGGCAGCAUACGCCGCAGAGAGCUGGAGGGGCGCUCGUCACCCAACAACGACUGCCCUCUGACAGACAGCGAGGGAAUCCAGCUCCUGUCUAACGUGGAAGAGAAGCUGGCUGAGGGGAUGGUCAAAGACUCUGAGCCUCGCAAAUCCAUUGGAGGCGAGGGAGAAAGCGAGGAGGAUGAGGAGGACGAAACGACAGCGGAGCUGAAAAAGCCGAACUCCGACGAGGGUACCGCCAGCAGUGAGGUGAACGCCACAGAGGAGAUGUCGACUCUCGUCAACUACAUUGAACCGGUCAAAUUCAAGAGUUUUGAAGUGGCAAACAAGAGGAGGAAGUUCUUUGAAAUGUCGUCCUUGGUGGAAACCAAAGGCAUGGACACCCUGAAGAGUUUCCCCAACGAGUUUGUCGAGUACAAUAAGAAUCAGCUGAGCCGAAUCUACCCUAAAGGAACAAGGGUGGACAGCUCCAACUACAUGCCUCAGCUCUUCUGGAAUGUCGGCUGCCAGAUGGUGGCGCUUAACUUCCAGACCCUCGACCUCCCUAUGCAGCUGAACAUGGGUGUGUUUGAGUACAACGGCCACAGCGGCUACCUGCUGAAACCUGAGUUCAUGAGAAGGACAGACAAACACUUUGACCCUUUCACAGAAAACAUAGUGGACGGGAUAGUCGCCAAUACUGUCAAAAUUAAGGUGAUAUCAGGCCAGUUUCUGUCCGAUAAAAAGGUUGGCGUGUACGUGGAAGUGGACAUGUUUGGACUUCCUGCUGAUACAAAGAGGAAGUACAGAACCAAAACAUCCAAUGGGAACUCGCUGGACCCCGUAUGGGAUGAUGAAAUGUUUGUGUUUAAUAAGGUGGUCCUCCCCACACUGGCCUCUCUGAGGAUAGCGGUGUUUGAAGAAAACGGAAAGUUUAUUGGACACAGGAUCCUCCCUGUGUCCGCCGUCAGACCUGGCUACCACUACAUCAACCUGAAGAAUGAGCUGAACCAGCCCCUCCUCCUGCCCUCUCUGCUGGUUUACACUGAAGCUCAGGACUACAUCCCUAAUGAACACCAGGAGUACGCAGAGGCUCUGACCAACCCCAUAAAGCACAUCAGUCAGUUGCACAAGAGAGAGACACAGCUGGCUGUUCUCUUAGAGGACAGCAGUGAGCAUGUCCCCAACCAGCCGAAAGAGAAAGAGACCAAGGGAGAGUGUGAAGUCAAUUCAGGAAGUCGACUCCCCUCCUCCUUUGAACCGCUCCCCCCCUGCUCAUUGGAUGAAGCCCAUGACAUCAUCAAAUUACCUACACCGGCACAAAGUCAGAAGGAAGACCUCAUAAGCACUGUUCUGGCAGACGUCCAGGCCCAGUCAAUAGAGGAGUUGAAGCAGCAGAAGAGCUAUUCAAAGCUACUAAAGAACCAGAGCAAAGAUCUCAAAGAGAUGCGAAAGAAACACCUCAAGAAGGUGUGGAAUCUGAGUAAGGAGCAGAAGAGUCGGACUAGCAAGCUUCAAUCUGACACCCAGAGGAGACGCAGUCAGAUGGAAAAACACCUUAAAUCUAGCAUCAAGAAAAACGAGCCCCAUGAGCCGGUGCAGCAUGAGCUGUCAAAGUUGGAGCAGGAGCUUGAGAAGCAGACGGUCCAGCUGAGGGAAUGGCAGAUGCAAGAACUGCUGAAGCUCCGACAGGAGCUUCACUUACUGGAGAGAGAGAAGCAACAAAAACACCUGCAGGAGGCCUUCCUGAAGUUAAAGGAGACGGCCGUUGAAUGCCAAGUAGCUCAGCUGAAGAAGCUGAAGGAGACGUGCGAGAAGGAGAAGAAAGAGCUCCAGAGGAUUCUGAACAGGAAGCGAAUAAACAGCAUCAGUGAAGCCAAGACCCGCGACAAAGACAAGGCUGAAACGGAGCUGAUUGAGAUCAACAGGAAACAUAUUCAAGAUUCUGUCGCCUUAAUCCGCAGGCUGGAGCAGGCUCAGACCAGGAGACAGGACGAGCUGAUGCUGAAGCACCGGGAGGUGCUGCAACACAUAGAUGAUGAACUUCCACAGCUCCAGUCUCAGUUGGAGAGGGAACUAGAUCGGGAGUAUCGGGGACUACAGGAGGAAAUCUGCCAGCACCUUCAGUUGGAGCUCCAGAAUAAAGGUCUCCGAAAAGACGCCCUGUUCUCGCACUUGUCCAAGAGCAGCCCGAGCCCCAGCUCCAGCUCGGGUCCGCCCUCCAACUGCUCCACACCCUCUUACCCGUCAACGCCCAAUCGGAGCCCCUGGAACAGGAGCAUGGACAAUAGCAUUGCGUCAUUGGCCGAUUCCACUUCCUCGUCCACCACUCCCGUCCUGUCGGAGGCGGAGAUGUCGUUAUAAUAAUACAGACAAACGGAAAUGCGUACAUUUAACUGGGGUCUAUAAUGAUUAUAAUGUGGGAUAGUAAUGAUAUUAAUUAUUUACUAAUUUUAUUCCUUUUUUAUUACAGACUGUUUUGUUCUUGUCUACAGAGCUAUAUUAUUUUUAUUUGCUGUUUUUGGUCAGAUGUACAUCAUGCCUGUUGUUGGAAGAUUUAAUAACGAUCAUAACCAAACUUUUACAUUUGUUUUACAUUUUUUUACAUUUUCUUGUCUCUUUGUUUUGCUUUUAAUGUGAUACUUUUUUCUUAGCAUCAUUUCCAUUUUUGUCUGGUCAGUAUGCUGUGGUUUUAGUUUUUUUGCUAUAGCUUUCUGUUUGUAACAGCUUUAAGCUUUUUAUUGACACUUUUGAAAGCUUUAAAUUGUGUAGAGAGAGGAGUAGCUUUCUGAAAACGGCUGCCUUUAUUCAGGAAAACUUUAUAACAUACAUACAGUUGGCCCAAGUGAUUGCCAUAGUGCUAAGAAAAAGUACACAUUUUUGAUAUUUAGUUUGUAGCAACGUUAGACCAACAGGAUUGCUUCAUAAUGGCCUCAUGUACUACAAAUCUGAGGAACUAUUUAAAAGGCAGCCUAUGGAAAUGUCUGAGUGCUACAAAUAAAUGUCAAAAACACAUCUUUUCCACUUUUGCAAGUAAAAAUAUUCAAGAUUCAAGUAUUUUCCAGAACUGGGUAUUAAUAGGGAAUAUAAGGGAACAUUUUUCCAUUUUUGCCAUUUUUGCCAUUUUUAGCUGUAAUGGCAGUAGCUGACCAGCAAGCGGUGCUGCAGCCUUAGCUGUUUAUUUUAAACUGGUGGUUUGAGCCUUCUAUUUAUCUAGCCUGAUUAUACUAUUAUACUGUACCCCCCCCCCUACACACACACACACACACACACACACACACACACACACACACACACACACACACACACACACACACACACACACACAACUUCUCAAUCACACACCUGAUCACACACCUGUCUCAGCAGGAUUUGCAGCAUCAUAGGUCUGGAUAAAGACUUUGGCCUUUAACCUCCAAUCAAGGUCCAGCCAAGGUUGCAUCUGCUGUAAGCAUAGAGGUGUGUGUGUGUGUGUGUGUGUGUGUGUGUGUGUGUGUGUGUGUGUGUGUGUGUGUGUGUGUGUGUGUGUGUGUGUGUGUGUGUGUGUGUGUGAGAAGAAGGGAGGGUUUUAGUGACAUAACACUCACACAUGCAUGCCUGACACUGUACUUUCUACUGAGGCGUCUGUUGCGUGCGUGCACACACAGGACAUUACAUUGACUUACAGUCAACCAUAACCGCUACUUGCCUAAUCCUAACCUUAAACCAAUUCUUCACCCUAAUAUGUAAUUUAUGUCAUGGGGACUGGCAUUUUGUCCCUUAAAGGAGGGGGAGUCCCCACAAUGUGACUGUGUAAACAGAGUAAUAUUCCCACAACAUGAGCACACACACACAGUUUAAAUCAUUAUCCCAUCCAAUGUACCCUGUUUUGAAAAACAAGAUACAGACUUUAAGAAGGAAAACAUAAUUUUAUAAAUAUCGCAGAUUACUAAACUCUAGAAGGGUAUUUUUGUGUUAGGCCAGAAGUUAAUCUCUUGAUAAGACAUCUGCUCUUUCCUAUUAAAUUGUGUGUGUGUGUGUGUGUGUGUGUGUGUGUGUGUGUGUGUGUGUGUGUGUGUGUGUGUGUGUGUGUGUGUGUGUGUGUGUGUGUGUGUGUGUGUGUGUGUGUGUGUGUGUGUGUGUGUGUGUGUCCAUGUUUAUUUGGUGCAGUUUGUUUGCCACUUUUGCAGCGUAGAGAAGGACAUCAUGCUUAAAUAGCAACGCCACUAUAGGGUCUUCAGAUGAUGACUUAAAGCUGCACUAUGGAAUUUAAUGUAAAAUGCCAUGCUCAUUUGUAGUCUGAAUCACCAAAUGAGGCAAUCACAUGAGGGUAUUCAUUUUACAUUCUACAACACUGUAGAUUAGGUAAUUUUAACAAAUGACUAUUGUUUUAGUGUAAGAUAAUGUGGUACGAAGUCCUGUCACAGCUCAGGUGACCGAUUGAUGCUUUAAUUUCACUGAAGCCUCAACAUUCAAAGAGUUACCUCUUAUUGCCAUUAGAGACUGUCAUGUGUCACAAUGAAAAACAGUGGUUCAGUUCACAAUGUGUAAAUCUUAUUUUAGGGUGAAUAUGCCCUUGAUACAUCCCUCAUUUUGUUAGAUACUCCAUUUAAGCCAAAUAUUGAAUGUGGGAUUGUAGUGCACAAACGGAACUUUAUGUUAAUAUUCUUUUUGUCUAAGCUUGCUCGCUCUUUAUUUUCAUCCAUUACUGGAGACCUUUUUUCAUUUUGACAGCACAAUGUUUUUUUUUCUUUCAUGUCUUGUCUGCUUUGAGGGAUAAAUGAUGGCAAUCUGUGUAUAUGUAUUCUGUGUAUAUGUUUAGUUUUAUGUGAAUGUUACUACUGACCACAAGUGCUGAGGAGGGAUGGAAGGUCAAGGAAGGUUGAGGGAAAAAAAACAAGUUAAUUUAAUUUCAAAUUUUUCCUCCCAGAAAAGCUUGUUUCUAGAUGACAUUCCUGUCUUGUCCUCUUCCACCUCCCUCCUCCACUGAGCACUGGCUGCCUGUCUGUCUGAUUAUUCCCCCUCACACAAAGUUCUUUGUAAACUAUCAUCUAUUUAAAUGGAAUUUUAACAACUUU